GUCGCGUAAGAAAACAAAUACAUACUUCAAGGCUAAUCCUCCGUUGUAUAUCAGUGUUAAAGUCUGAUUAAAAACGCUAAAAUUCAAAUGUGUGUGAAUUACUAAGAAUCGGACUUCCCAUAUCUCUGAGUCACUCUCUGAUAAUAUAAAAAUGCUCAAUUACUUUUCUUUUAAACGCAAAAUUUCAGUAUUAUUUAUAAAUUCAUUGUCAAAGUGAAAUAAUCCCGAGUUUUAAGUUAACUCUUCGUUUAAUUUUGAAUGUCUAAUUACUAGCAAAUAAAUAUGGAGAUGAUGUCAGUUCAAAAAUAUCCUCAGUUGAUUACUGGCAAUUCCAAGAAAGAUGAUAACAAAAUAUUAGUGUGCUAUAUAUGUUCUGUCAAAGAAACAUGGGUAGACCAUAAAAUGAGCUUUGAUCAUGUGUCAAAAUUACAUUAUUUUAAUAUUUAUUUUGAAGAUUCUCCGGGUGAUUUUGUGAAAUGUAAGUUAUGUAAAAAUUUUAUUCCCAAAGGUUCAAUCGUAAAACAUCUUAAUAAAAAACAUCCAUUGAAUCCGUGGUACAAACCAGAAUUUGUUUUAUACUUUGAAAAUUUCAUAAAACCAAUCAACAGAUUUUAUUACUGUCGCGUAUGCGCUAGAAAAUAUAAAAAUUGGGAUUCAGUAUUGACACACAUCGAUCAGGAAUUGCAUAAAACAUGUUUGAAAGAUUACUUUGGAGAAGAAAACAUCAAUGAAUCAAUUUUGUCACCAGAUUUUUGUGAAAAAUUAGUCGUUAAUUGCAUUUUUCCGUAUGAAUUUUCCCAAUUGCAAUGUUUGGUGUGUAAUAUUGCUAUUGGUCAAUAUAAUAAUGCUGAGAAACAUAUUGCUGAUGGAAUUCAUAAGAAUAAUUUGUCUAGCAAAAAAAUCGAUACAAUGGUUCCUUUAAAAAAAUCAAUAAAUUCCCUUUUUGCUGAAUUAAAAAUAUCUGAACCCACUGAUACUCGCAAUUGUGUUGGUGGCACUUGUUCUAAUUCUAAUUCUAAUGCAGAAUCUCGUGCAUCCACCAGUUCAGGUUACUCUUCUCAAUACAAUAUUAUAGAUUCAACUAUUAGUGAUAAUAUUUGUGAUAAAGAUAAUUCCGCAACGUCUAUUAAAUCAAAAGAAUCUUUACCCCCGAUAGAAAACAAAAUGCUAAAGUACUUUGAUAAUUCAGUCACAAAACGUAUUGAUCAUUCCUAUUAUUAUGAUCGUUAUCUAUUGCAGCAUCAAUUAUUAGAAGCUCAAAAAAUGAAAAGUACUAAAAAUAAAUCUGUUGAUGAGGUGAAAAAUGAAAUUGAUGAAAAAAGUAAUAACUCUAAGAUAAAUAAUCUUGCGGAUACUAAAUCAUCUUCAUCAGAAUUAGAAAAUCAGUACAUCGAGAUAUUCAAAAAUUAUAUUUUUAUUCUUAAUAAUAAUUAUUAUUUUUGCAAUUUAUGUAAAAUAAAGUUUUCAUCAUCAAUAAUGAUACAUAUUAAUGAUUCAGUACAUCAAGAAAGUUUUAAAAAAAAAGUCGAAGAUGAAAAUAUUUUCGCUGAACUCGUAAAUACGCCGAAUUUUUGUGAGUUAUUAAUUAAAAGUAACGUUUUUCAAAAUGAUUGUUUAUCAGUAUAUUGUUAUACAUGUAAAUGCCUUGUUCUUCCGUAUAAUAACGUUGAAAGUCAUAUCAACGGGAACAAUCAUAAGAAAAAUUGUAAAAAACUUUUUAGCAUUGAUGACACAGCAGUUUCAAUCAGGACUGAUCAGCAGAUAUUUCCAUCAUUGCUAGAAACAAAAGAUAAUUUUGUAAAGUACUUUGAAAAUUAUAUUUUAAAAUAUUGCAAUUAUUAUUACUGUUAUCUAUGUAAAAUUCAUUUAUCAUCGUCUUAUGUAACGACACAUUUGGAAGACAAAGCUCAUAAAAAUCUUAUAGCGGGUAAAAGAGAUAAAAUUCAAGGUACAAUCAAACCGACAUUAUAUUUUUGUGAACUCUGCGUCAGAACUGGAGUAUUCCAAGAUGGAUUGUCAUCUUUAAAAUGCUUUGAAUGUGAAUGUCUUCUUGAAUCAAACCAACGUAUUGGAAAACAUAUCAAUGACAAAACACACAAGACUAAACUUGAGCUCAGAAUAUCUUCUAUUGAAGCAAAAAUAAAUCAAAAGACAGUUCCACCUCAAUCUGAACUUAUCUUUGAUCGUAAAUCAGUAAUCACUGAUACUCAAUUGUCUAAAAGCAAUUUAAUAUCAGCAGAUUCAAUAAAAGACAAGAUUACUUCAAUUAAUGAAAGUGUCCUUUCAAAUAAAAAAGUGACAUCAGAGUAUGAGUUAGAAGGCCAGAUAAUUAAAUACUUUAAAAAUUUUAUUUUUGUAUACAACGAGAAUUAUUUUUGUAAUUUAUGCAAGAUAAAUUUUUCAUCGCCAUCUUCGAUGUUGUCACAUUUAAAUACGACGAAUCACAAGAACCUUUUGACAAAUGAACAAGAAAUCAUCGGAGAUCAAGUCCCGUAUCUUCCAAAUUUUAUCGAACUUCUAAUCAGAAAUAAUAUUUUCCAACUUGAUUCUAUAGCAUUGCAAUGUUUUACAUGUCGGUGUUCGAUUUCAGCGAGAAAAUGUGCGGAACAACAUAUCGUAGGUCAGCAGCAUAGAGAUAAUCAUAAGUUUAUGCUUACCUUUACAAAAAUAAAUGGAUUGCCGCCUGCUAAAAGUAAGCAGUCAGUUUUAUCGGAAUCCACAGCUGAGUUUGUCAGAUACUUCCAAAAUUUUAUCGAAAAACGUCGUGAUGAUUAUUACUGUCACUUGUGUUUCAGUAAUUUAUCAUUUCUUGGAGUAAAGAAACACAUAGAAGAAUUUAAUCACUGUAAUCUUAUGUCACAGCGAAAUUUACAUUCAAAUUUAAUCAUAAAAACGGAGACUGAACGUAUGUUAUAUUUCUAUGAAUUGUCCGUCAGAAAUAGUAUUUAUCACUUCGGUCCCAAUGAGCUAAAGUGUUUUACAUGUGGAAUUAUUUUUACGACAACAAGAGACGCAGAAUCACAUGUCGACAGUGAAAAUCACAAACGUAAACUCGGACUACCUUCAGUUGAAACAUCGAUAGAACAAAAGACAGUCUCACCUCAGCCUCAAGUUGAUAUAGCAAAAAUGUCAGAUCCUAUUAAGAGUACAGGCAAAGAAAGUUCAGCUGUGAAAUUUAUAACAGAAUCAAAAAUAAAUUUUUCAAAGUAUUUUGAAAAUUUUAUUGAAAAACGUCUUAAAGAUUACUACUGUCAUUUGUGUUUUGUCAAUUGUGUAUCUUCUGAUGCGGUAAUUAAACAUAUAAGUACUCAAGGUCACCAAAGUCUCGUUGAAAAGCAGCCUCAAGACGUAAAAAUUAUGAAUAAAAUUAAAAGUACUUUUUAUUGUGAAUUAUGCGUAAGAAAUGGAAUUUUUGGUUGUGAUUUCUCAGAAUUCAAAUGUUUUAGAUGUAAAAGAAUGUUUGUAUCAAUUAAAGAGAUGGAAGAACAUGUUAAUAGUAAUGAGCAUAAGAAUAAACGAGUACUUGUACCUGAUGCUACAGUAUUUUUGAAACAGGUAACAGAUUUACCUCAAUCACCUGUGAUUUCUAAUAAUAAUAAUAAUAAUAAUAAUAAUAGAAAUAAUAAAAAAUCAGUAAUAACUACUCCAGUUAAACAAGAAAAAGAAACCAGUUCGUUACCAAAAUCGGGCGAACAGUUUCUUAAAUAUUUUAAUAAUUAUAUUUUAGUAAAUAAAAAUGAUUAUUUUUGUAAUUUAUGUAAUAUUACUUUGUCAGAAAAAGAAGUAAUGAAACAUGUAGAUGAUAAAAAACACCAGAAAAAAAUAAUUAUUAAGAAAAAAGAUAUAAAAAUUGUCAGUACUGGAUUAAAAAAAAAUAGUUAUGAGAAAGCUGUACAAAAUAACAUUUUUCCAAUAGACUUUAAAAAAGUUAAGUGCUUUUCAUGUUGCUAUUUUUUGAAACCUUCAAAUCUCGAUGAACAUAUCAAUGGUAAGAAACAUCAAAGAUCGCAUAAAGGAUUUAAAAUUCCAUCACCAGUAAAACAAACAACAAAAUUGCCGCAAAUACAAUCAAGUGUAAAAAAAUCUGCGAUAACUAAAAGUAAAUCUGUCUCUAAGUCGACAUCUCUAAAAAACACAAAAAAUACUUCAAAUGUAUUGUCACGUGAAAUUUAUAAUUAUAAUGACACAAAAAAAGGUUUCUUACGUUGCCACGUUUGUCGGGAAAAGAAAUUAUCUCGUAAUAUUUUGCACGUCCAUUUAUCAAGUCAUUUUUGGCAGCUAUUUACAGAUAAAAGUAUUGAUGACUUGAUAGCUCUUGACAAGUUGAACCCUAGAGUCAUUGUUAAUCAUAGUAAGAGUAAAGUUUAUAGCCAAGUGAUACCAAGUAUUGCGUCUGAAAGCAGAGAAGUUCUACUUGAUAAAAAGAAAUCGAAUAUGGAAAAAUCAGAUUAUAAAAAAUUGUCGUUAAAUGAUAAAACUGUUGAUAAGGAUAACAAGAAGAGUAAUAGUAAAGGGGAUAAGGAGAAGAAAAAGUCCGAACAUAAAAAGUUGUGGGUAAAUACUAAAGUAGAUGAAAUCCCUCUAAAAGAAGAUGAAUAUCAACCCAAUCAAAAAAGAAACAGAAUCAUGUUGAAACAUGUGGAUAUUUAUGAUAGUGAAGCACCAAAGAAUAUGAAUAUUUAUAAAAUGGAUGAAGAGUUGCAUUACAGUCUUCAGUUAAGUUUGAACAGAAUUUGUAUCAUCACUAAGGAUAGAAUUUAUUGUAUGGUGUGCCGUAGAAAAGUGCCAUUUUCACUGCAAAUUGUCUAUGAACACUUUCGCAGUGUUGAGCACUCGUAUUUCUUAAUGCAAAUGGUCCAAGAUCAUAUGAAGUUCGAGGGUUUACCGAAUGAAUUUAGUGAUUUACGUCUCGCAGAAGAGAUGAUGGUAGACAAAAGUGAUCCACAUAUUGUAUGCUACGUCUGCAAUCCUGUUAAACUUGCAAUUAUUCCGAACAAAAUAGAUGCUAUAAAGGAUCAUAUAAAUCAACGCAAACAUCAAGACGAGAAAAAUAAGUUGAAGAAUAAUUUGCAACAAUUUAUCAGUGAUUUUAACUCAAGACUAGAAUAUAGUUGGUAUAAUGCUCAAAGGUAUUGGUGCGUAGUUUGCAGUGUGCAAUUCAAACAUGAAAAAAGGUUUUACAAACAUCUAGAUUCAUCGACACAUCAGAAAAAGUGCGCGAAAUUUGUUAAGUUGGAGAAUUUUGUAUGCGAUACUUGUCCAACGUGCGGCAUACUAUUCUACGGAUUUAAAAAUACAUUUACUUAUCACGCGAAUUGUCGAUUCCAUAAAUAUUAUGCUGACAAAUCAUUUUAUCUUAUAACGCGAUUACCGACUGCUGCUGAAGAACUACUGAUUAAUGCAGAGCAACUCAUGACAACUAAAUUAGAGGAGCUGGAUGAGGAAGCAGAGACAAUGAGAAAGAAUGAACAGUUAUUGUUAGAUGACUUAAAAUAUACUACUAGCAAUUACCUUGAUGUCAAAAUUCAUCCUUUUGGUUCUCGGAUCUCUGGAUUAGGAUCAAAGAAUAGUGAUCUUGAUAUUUUUCUUGAUUGUGAUAAUUUAUAUUACGCGGGAACUGUUUCGGAUGAUAUUUCAUAUUUUAUGAAAGAAGUCGAACAUUCAUUGAAGCAAAAUGAGAACAUUUGGACAGUUCAAAGAGUAAUUACGGAUUGUAGAAUCCCAAUUAUUAAAUUGGUACAUAGACCUACAGGUAUUGAUUGUGAUUUAUCUUUCACGAGUGGCCUUACAACUGAAAAUACUAAACUAAUCAAAAUGUAUCUUGAUAAGUAUCCUCUAUGCAGAAAACUAAUUUUAUUCAUAAAAGACUGGAUAAAUAUAUGCAACUUGAGUGGCGAAGAUGGAAUAUGUAGUUAUGCUAUCGCUUGGAUGGUAAUUUAUUACUUACAAACAAAGUUUAUCUUACCAAGUGUUGCGGAUUUAAUAAAACUUGAAGGGAAGUCAAGUAUUAUAGGCAGCUGGGAAACAGGAGUAUCUAAAGAUUUUACACUGUCGGACAUCAGUAAUAAUUAUAGUUUUAGAAAUCUUCUUAAAGGUUUCUUUAUAAUGUGCGCCGGCUUCGAUUACAGAAAUAAUAUAUUUUGCCCACUUCUGGGUCGUCCAAUUAGAAAAAUAGAUUUUAUUGUACCGGCUAGUCUUACAAAUCUACCUAUUGAAAUGUUGCCUUACGUGAAUUACAUCCAAAACAAUAAAACCGUUAAAUUUUUCCACACGGAUUCAAUGAUGGGUAUUCAGGAUCCAUUCGAUUUAAGCCACAAUCUCACAAAGGCUGUCAGAAAAUCUACGAUGCAUCGAUUCAGAACUUACUGCUCAAUGAGUGCUGAUAAAUUAAAUAAACAAGAGCAAUAUUUAGUAGUUUCUGAUUCUAAUAGUGAAAUGACUAAUUCUAAUAGUAAAAUGAUUCCAGUGAUUGAAACGGAAAAAGCAUUUCAUCAAUAUUUUAAAAAUUUUAUCUUUAAAAAUUUUGAAAAUUACUUCUGUCAUCUGUGUAAAAAAUUUUUGCCGUCACCAGCAGCAGUAUCGGAACAUACGGAAAAUGUGAAUCAUCAAAAUAAAUUGAAAAACAAAAAAAAAGAUAUAGGUUUUAUCAAUACAAUUCCAUGCAAACCUAGUGAUUAUGAAAAACUUGUACGAAAUAAUAUUUUUCCGUACGAUUAUGCAUCUAUAGAAUGUUACACGUGUAAUUCAAUAUUUUUUUCUUGUGAAACUGCCGAACAACAUGUGAAGAGUCAACGAGGAAAAGAAAACCAUAAACCUGUUUUGAUUGCAUCGGCGACAUCAGUAGAACAGAGACUUAAUUUAUGGACAGCAGAAUUAAUAUCCAAUUAUCCAUCACCAGCUACGAGCAGUCAGUCAUCAAUGUGUGAAUUAAUAUUAUGGGAUUCAACGAGGACUGAAGCUGAGUCUAAAUCAUUGAUUCCACUGCCUGCUAGAUCAAAAGGGAAAAAGCAAUUUUCGUCAAACGCGUUUUCAAUCACUAUUCAUCACUACAAUGAUGCGAAAAAAUCUGCAGAGCACUGCGUUAUUUGUCGUAAACGUUUGGAAUCUCGGGUUAAGUUACAUAUUCAUUUGUCGAGUCAUUUUUGGCAAUUAUUUACAGAUGAUAAUAUCAGAGAUUUAAAAUCUCUUGUCAAUCUGGACUCUGUAAUUAUAUUAAACUUCUCUGAUGGCAGGAUCGGUGGUGGCCAAGUAAUUCCGCGCGCUAUAUCGGAAAAAAAAGAUCAUCCAUUAACGAAAAAUGACUCGAUGGCAAUGAAAAAAAAUAAACUUGCAAAGACGAUAGCGUGUAAAACGCAAAAUAAAGAAAGGCGAAAAAUUAGAUUAGAGGAUUUAGAUGUUGAUCACAAUGAUAUUGAAAAAAAAAUUAAUAUUUAUAAAAUAGAUGAAGAGCUGCGUCAAAGUAUUCAGUUAAGUUUGAAUAGAAUUUGUAUCAUCAAUAAGGAAGAAAUUUAUUGCAUGGUAUGCCGUAAAACAGUAUCAUUUUCACUACGAAAUGUCUAUGAACACUUUCGCAGUGUUGAGCACUCGUAUUUUCUAAUGCAAAUGGUCCAAGAUCACAUGAAGUUCGACAGUGUACCGAAUGAAUUUAGUGAUCUACAUCUAGCACGUGAAAUGAUUGAAGACAAAAGUGAUCGACAUGUUGUCUGCUAUGCCUGCAAUCCUUUAAAACCUGCAGUUCUUCCAAAUACUAACGUCGCCUUGAAGGUUCACACACAACUACUUCCACAUCAAAUAAAAAGAAAUCAAUUGAAGGAUGAUAUGCAACACUUUAUCGGUGAUUUUAAAUCAAGCCUAGAAUACAGUUGGUAUAAUGCUCAAAGUUAUUGGUGCGUAGUCUGCAGUGAGCAAUUUAAGCAUGAAAACAGAUUUCACAAACAUCUAAAUUCAUCGACACAUCAGAAAAAGUGCGCGAAAUUUAUUAAGUCAGAGAAAUUUGUAUGCGAUUUUUGUUCAACGUGCGGCAUAUUAUUAUACGGAUUUAAAAAUUCAUUUACUUAUCACGCGAAUUGUCAAUUUCAUAAAUAUUAUGCUGACAAAUCAUUUUAUCUUAUAACGCGAUUACCGACUGCUGCUGAAGAACUACUGAUUAAUGCAGAGCAACUCAUGACAACUAAAUUAGAGGAGCUGGAUGAGGAAGCAGAGACAAUGAGAAAGAAUGAACAGUUAUUGUUAGAUGACUUAAAAUAUACUACUAGCAAUUACCUUGAUGUCAAAAUCCAUCCUUUUGGUUCUCGGAUCUCCGGAUUAGGGUCAAAGAAUAGUGAUUUUGAUAUUUUUCUUGAUUGUGAUAAUUUAUAUUACGCGGGAACUGUUUCGAAUGAUAUUUCAUAUUUUUUGAAAAGAGUCGAACAUUCACUGAAUCAAAAUGAGAACAUUUGGACAGUUCAAAGAGUAAUUACUGAUUGUAGAAUCCCAAUUAUUAAAUUGGUACAUAAACCUACAGGUAUUGAUUGUGAUUUAUCUUUCACGAGUGGCCUUACAACUGAAAAUACUAAACUAAUCAAAAUGUAUCUUGAUAAGUAUCCUCUAUGCAGAAAACUAAUUUUAUUCAUAAAAGACUGGAUAAAUACAUGCAACUUGAGUGGUGAAGAUGGAAUAAGUAGUUAUGCUAUCGCUUGGAUGGUAAUUUAUUACUUACAAACAAAGUUUAUCUUACCAAGUGUUGCAGACUUAAUAACAGUUGAAGGAAAUUCAUGUAUGAUCAGCGGCUGGGAAACAGGAGUAUAUGAAGAUAUAUCAGACAUCAUUAACAAUUCUAGUUUUAAAAAUCUUCUUAGAGGUUUUUUUAUAAUGUGCGCUGGCUUUGAUUAUAGAAAUAAUAUUUUUUGCCCACUAAUGGGCCGUCCGAUUAGAAAAAAAGAUUUUAUUGUACCGGCUACGCUUACAAAGUUGCCUAUCGAAAUGUUGCCCUAUAUAAAAUAUAUGUUAAAACAUAAAAACGCCCAAGGUUUUCGUUCUGAUGCAGUUAUGUGCGUUCAGGAUCCAUUUGAACUAAGCCAUAAUCUUACCAAAGCAGUUACCAAAUUUACAAUGUAUAAAUUCAAAACUUACUGCUCAAUGAGCAUUAAUAAGUUAAAUGAUAAUUAAUAAUCAGUCCUGAUGUUUUUUUUUUUUUUAACAGAACCACUAAAAUAUGACAAUUUUUCAACUUAUUUUGUAUCCACUUCCCAGUAUUCAAUUACAAUUUAAAGUAUUUGAUAAAGAAACAAUUUUUUUAAAACAAUUUGUCAUUAACA